AUGGCCUCGUCACUCGAGCGAAGUGUUGACUCAUUCCAUGUGCUCGAGGCCGCUCGCCCCUGGCUCUGGGAGAAUGUCGACGUGCUCUCCGGCCGUGGAUGGCUCUCGGUCGUCAACGCCCUCACCGAGGAAGUCGAGGACAAGAUCAAGAUCGAGGUCGUCGACGGCGAAGACGUCGAACAGCGGCUUGCUGAGGCGUUUGUCAGGCACGAGAACGCCAAGAGCUCGGACGGCAGCGCAAACGGCACUCCCAAGUCGCCCUUCGACGCAGCCUUUGCCCACCACACCGACGCCUUGCCAGACACACCGGUUGCGUCGUCGUCGUCGACUGCGUCGGCGCUCCCGCAAGGGGCUUGGUGCAUGCAGCAUUCGCAUCGCUGA